UGAAUGAUUUCACCCGAAAUUUCCCCCUUGGAUUAAAUGAAAUUGAUUAGGAUGUUAAGGAACAAUACAGGAACCACCAAGACGUAGACAAGAAGAUAUAGUUUUUUGGCGACAUUGACACAAAAUAUGACAAAGUCAAGCCUUAGAAAACUGCACCAACUUUCAGGCAUGGUGGUGGUAGCAUGAUGCUGUGGUGCUCUUUCAUUGUCAGUGGUACAGGCUUGAAGUAAAUAGGAUAAUGAAGAAGUGGGACUACCUCCUAAGUUCUUCAACUUCACUUCAAAUCAACAUCUGCAGUAACAGAUAGUAUCCAGUGGAUUUUAAAACUAUUUCAUUCAAAGGAAAUGUGAAUAUCUGUAUCUGAAAGAAUGGCUUAAACUAGUCUACGUGAUUUUGAGAAGCCCGGACGCUCUAAAAGACGCACUAAUGGUUUCUUCAUUCUUCCAGCUUCCCCAAACUACAAGAAGUUGUUGUUGUAGUUGUGAUUCCAACUUCCACCGCCAGAGGUCGACAAACUAUAACUGAAGGCUGGAGGCGGCCGGAAGCUGUGACGUCGUGCUGUUCAACAGAAGCACAACAAUGAAAGCGAUUAUCCAGAGAGUGACCAAAGCGAGUGUGACAGUGGGAGAGGACCAGGUCAGCUCCAUUGGACGGGGAAUCUGUGUCCUGCUCGGGAUUUCUGUGGACGACACGCAGAGAGAUGCUGAGUACAUGGUUCGAAAGAUUCUGAACCUGCGGCUGUUUGAGGACGAGAACGGCCGGGCGUGGGCUAAAAGCGUCAUGGAGAGGGAGUUUGAGGUGCUGUGCGUGAGCCAGUUCACCCUGCAGUGCAUCCUGAAGGGCAACAAACCAGACUUCCACUCAGCCAUGCCUGCAGAGCUCGCCCAGCCCUUCUACAACAGCAUCCUGGAGAGCAUGAGGAGCGCCUACAAGCCUGAGCUCAUUAAAGAUGGGAAUUUUGGGGCCUACAUGCAGGUCAACAUUUUAAAUGAUGGUCCUGUCACCGUCGAGCUGACGUCACCGGCUGGUCCCACAGACCCCAAACAGCUGUCAAAGUUGGAGAAGCAGCAGCUCAGGAAAGAGAAGGUGCGCUCCAAAGGACACUCGGAGUCGGCAAGGGAGAAAGCUUCCCUGCGAUCCAGACAGGAUCCCAGCGCCAGCAGUGGGGCGGAGGGUGACGUCUCUUCAGAUAGGGAGCCAUAAUGGAGCUGGAUUCAAGAUCAAACUGGACAUGAAUGUCAGCCAAGUUCCCUCAGGAAGAACUCUUCUGACCCGUUCAUGGACUAGCCGGGCUUCGAUUUGGAGACCAACAGCAUCCAACAUUGUUUCUUUCUGCUCUUCCCAUAAACUCAGAUCAAACAGUACAGACUGAAGGAGUCCUUUAGCUCUUUAUAUAUAUUAUGCCCACUGUCUUUGUUUCCAGUCAUCCUCCUCAAGCUGUCUCUCCGUUCCCACUUCACAUCUGUUCAGGGAUGUUGGGUUUCACCCGGAAGUGUCACUCAGUUCCAGAUCCUUUCUAGUUCUGCCAGACUGACUACACCAAUGCUACUACCUCAUUACUGGUACAUUUGUACGUGUGCAGCCUCUUCUAAAAGCCUGCUUACCGUUGUGAGCAGAUUGCUCUGAGAUCAAACUGGAAUGUCUCUGUAACCAAUAGAGACAUGAACAGAUGCUUUAAACAGCAACCCCAUUGUCCUGAUGGUUAAUGUCCCAUUUUUCUUUCUGCAUGCUUGAACAAAUCUUGAUAUUUUUUGCAGACUGAGUUUCUAAAUGAGCUCACAAAUAUCCAGCAGGGGCCACGGGCAACACCGUCGUCACUUCGCGGGCUAAUUAACUGGAACAUGGAGGCAGAACCUCCCAGAAAAAAGGAGCUUUUUUGUUCCUCAAAAAACAAAUAUUCCUUUUAACAACAGAAAGGUUGUUCAACGUAUGUUUCAUAAUUAGUAUUAAUGUGGAAAUGUGUCAGGAAAGCUGCAGUUAAAUUAAACUUUAGAUCAAACAGGCUUGAUUAUGAGGCAUAUUGCACUUUCUGUAGAGGAAACAUCCACAGUGAAGAACGUUCAGGCUCUUCUGGAGUCUGAGACAGCAUCUUAGAACACCCUGAAGAAGGAAAAGCAACAAAUAAGGAUCUAGAUGUAAAUGGCUUGGCAUUUUUAAAAGAACUCCAAAUUAAUCUCUUUACCGUUUCUUUGCUUGUGUUUCUUUUUGCCUCCUCAGGAGAAUUAUGGUUGUCUUUUGACGGGUCUAAAUGUACAUUUUGUUAUUGUAUAAAUUUUAAAAGCA